AUGGACACUCCUCCUGGCCUUGCAGACGAGUUCCACAACUGGCUGGAGCUACCAUGGGAUGUGACGGCGUCGAUUUUGCUGAGAUUUGACACCAUCGAGAUCCUGACUAGCGUGCAGAUGGUGUGCUCUCUGUGGCGCAAACUCUGCAAGGACCCCUCUAUGUGGCGCACCGUCCACGUGCGGAACCCCUACUCCCAUUGGGUGGUCUCUGACCUUGAAAAGAUGUGCCGCCAAGCCGUCAAUUGCAGCUGCGGCCAGUUGGUGGAUAUCUACAUCGAGUACUGUGGCGACAACAAGCUCCGCAGGCACAUCGCUAACAUGUGUUUGAAGGAAAAGGAAGCACUUUUGGAAGUUUCAGGCAUAAACGGCCAAUUUUGGGAAAAAGCUGGAGUUAGGAUCGAUCGCACCAGAAGCAGGCUCGAGCACAGCAGUGCUCGUGCGCAGAAGAGCAAGGAUCAAGCGCAGGCUUGCACUCAAGCACACUACCUUCGGAUCGAGCACACUCGCGUGGCCCAGAUGCGGAAAGACUUCCUCUCCAAGUUAACUUAG